UUUCACUUCUGACUCAGAAGUCCUGGAAGGGUGCUCCAAAUAGCUUUUGAGGUGUUGGAAGGACUGGAAUACAUGAACAAACACAGCAUGGUCCAUCAAGCACUUGCACCACACAAUAUUCUUCUGAAUUGUGAGGGUCACGUUAAAUUGGCCAAGUUUGGACUGUAUCACAUGACUGGUUACAAUGCUGAUGUUGACUUCCCUAUUGGGUACCCUUCAUACUUGGCACCUGAAGUCAUUUCCCAGGGCCUGGUGAAGUCCACUGAUCACAAUCAGAGCGACAGAUCGUCACCCUCAGGUCCUAAGGUCGAUGUGUGGUCUCUUGGUGUAAUAUUAUUGGAACUUUGUGUGGGUCACAAACUGCUCCAGAAUGUGGAUAUUUCUGAAAGGCUAAAAUUUAUUCUAAACCUAGGUUGUGUGGAUGAUAUCUUGACUGUGAUAUCAGAAGAGCAUGGCUGCCUGGAGAUUACCAUGGAUUUACCCAAAGAUGUUCAAACACUAUUGAAAAAAUGCCUGACCUUCCACCCAUCCAAAAGGCCAACUCCAGCUGAACUGCUGCAAGAUAGUUUAUUCACUGAAGUUUCUGCUUUGUACAAGCCAUACCGCAAACCUGAUGGUCUCUUUACAUCCUCUCUGCGCUGUGCUGAUUUAAUCAUCCCCGAGGACCUGGGUACGUUCUAUAAAGAUGAAGAUUAUCUUUCGGAAAGAACUAUUGAUGAUGUCUAUUAUCUUUGGUGUUUGGCUGGAGGGGACUUAGAGAAGGAACUUACAAUCAAAGGAAUCAUUCGCUCCAAACCUCCAAUUUGUACAUUGUCAAACUUUAUAUUGGAAGAUGGAGAAAGCUUUGGACAAGUAAGGGAUAGAAGUUUCCUCCUGGAUGAUACCACACUGACACUGCCAUUAUGCCAACUCAGAAAUAGAUUGAAAGAUGUCGCUGGAGAAGCAUUUUACCCUUUGCUGGAAGAUGAACCCUUAUCCUCAAUCGCUCUGCCUCCAUUCAGUUCCCACUCUCCGGGUGAUAUCCAAGCAAAAUAUGAUGCAAUUGACAAGGAUACACCAAUACCCACUGAUCGACAGAUUGAGGUGGACAUUCCACGCUGCCAUCAGUACGAUGAGCUGCUGUCAUCACCAGAGGGUCAUAGAAAGUUCAGACGUGUGUUAAAGGCCUGGGUAGUCUCCCAUCAGGAACUAGUCUACUGGCAAGGUUUGGACUCCUUGUGUGCACCGUUCCUGUAUCUGAAUUUCAACAAUGAAGCCUUGGCGUAUGCUUGCAUGUCUGCCUUUAUUCCCAAAUACCUGUAUAACUUCUUUCUGAAGGACAAUUCUCACGUCAUACAAGAGUAUCUGACAGUGUUUUCCCAGAUGAUUGCUUUUCAUGACCCAGAGCUGAGUAACCAUCUCAACGAAAUUGGCUUCAUUCCAGAUCUUUAUGCCAUUCCAUGGUUUCUCACAAUGUUUACACAUGUGUUUCCUUUGCACAAGAUCUUCCACUUAUGGGACACAUUACUCUUGGGCAACUCCUCAUUCCCGUUCUGUAUUGGGGUAGCCAUUCUACAACAGUUGCGAGACAGACUACUGUCCAAUGGAUUCAAUGAAUGCAUUCUACUGUUUUCAGACUUACCAGAAAUUGACAUUGAACGUUGUGUGCGAGAAUCUAUCAAUCUUUUCUGCUGGACACCGAAAAGUGCUACAUACAGACAGCACGCCCAACCGCCCAAGCCUAUAUCUGAUGGCAAUGGAGUGUCUCGACCAUCAUCCUACUAUUCUGCAGACUAUCAGGACUUGCCCAAGACUGAUCUCUCUCGUGAAUCCAUUCGAUUAAAUGAACUGAAGACUGAAGUAUCACCACGGAUUUCUGCAGAAGAUCUAAUUGAUCUUUGUGAGUUGUCGGGACCCACAAGCUCCAAGAUGCCCACCAAAAAGACAAAAUCGGGGAAGCCAAAACUACUAGUGGUGGACAUUCGCAGCAGUGAGGAAUUCACUCGUGGUCACAUCAGUGGCAGCAUAAACAUUCCAUACAGUUCUGCCUUUAGCCCGGAUGGUGAGCUGAUCCAGUGUGCCCCCACCAGCUUGUUGCAGAGUUUUAAGGGGCGCGUUGUUGUCAUUGUGGGGAACAUCGUCAGGCAUGCAGCUGAUUUCACAGCUCAUUUAGUGAAGCUGGGUUACCCGCGAGUCUGCAUCUUGGAUGGAGGCAUCAACAAGAUGAAGCCAACUGGACUACUUAUGGUCCCUUCACCUCAGAUCUGAAUCUUUCCAUUCACAAUGGAAUGAAAAGUUUGGACCUUACUGAGACAAUGACAGCACCAGCACUAAAGCAAGAGGAACACUGGCAGUCAAGAUUAAAAACUCCUCUCUGUGAAUCGUUAGCUGUGCAUACUCCGUAACCUGUGAUGUAGUGACAUAGUCAAGUUUGACACCAAUGGUAACCCAGGACAUAAUCUGAAGGAUGGUAGUUUCUGAUGUCCAGCACUGAUUGAGUAAAAGUACACAUCUGAGUGCCAUUCAGCUAUCAGACCCAUUGUGAAUCAAAUGAUUGGUUUCUACAAAAAUGAGACUGUAUCAAUGAUUGUGAACAGUGAUUUUAAUGGAAUAUUCCAAAACCAUCUUUAUUUAAAUAGUAUACACCAAAGAAAACUUCUCGAUUUCCUUUUUGUCAAUUGUUUUGGGAUCUGAAACAGUAUAAAGAGACCUAGAGUAAAAUUCUGGCUGUCCUUCUGCAGUAAGCAGGUUAUUACAAAGAGCCUCUUUAGCUCUGACUCCAGAAGGAACAAUAGAAUUACUGCUAUUAAAUUAGCUUUUCAUAAUGGGCUCUUCCAUAAUCCUGAAUGACCAGCUAAGUACUGAAAGGGCUUCACCAUAACUUUAGCUGGAAACUGUUCAUUUCAGAGAAUCCUGGCUUCUCUGACAUUUGUCCUUAAAAUUUUGUUUCGAACUUUAAGCCGCACAUGACUGAGGUCUCUAUUUGUCAUGUUCUUAAGCUUUACAUUGCCUAAUAGUGUGAGUGCAUGUGAUUGUCUGAUCUUUCUCCUUAAAUACAGUGUCCAGUGUCCAACAGGGAAUCAUUUCAAGUGCACUCUGUAAACAAUGCCAUGUUUUGUGACAGAGUCUAAUACGCCUGAUGUAUGCAUUUCGAAUGCACUUCUGAAAGGUAAAGUAUCCAACUGUCUGCCUUCAAAUCCCUGAUUUUCUUUGUAUAACUACUUACCUGAAGAAAUACAAAUCCGUAAAGCAGUAUCAUUCCACUCCAAAGGCACUGGGAAUGCAGUAACUGGAAUUCCAUUCAGUCCUUGGAUCUAUUUCAUUAUUUACAGGGAUGAUGGUUGUGCUGUAGCUCAACCCCACUUACCCACUUUUUUUCCUAUGUGUAUUGAUGGCUACUGUAUCCAUUUGGAGACAGUAGACAAAGAGAAAAAUUAGAGCAACAUUAAAGGAAACUGCUUCCUCAAUGGAUAAAUUCAAUGCAUUAACAAAUUUGGCUUCUGGUGACCUAACCCCCUGCAAAAAUAAAAUCUGAGAUAUUCAGUUCUCCCACCAAA